AUGGAUGGAACCGUUUUACCUGUGAAAAUUCAACCCGGAUUGCUUCGGCCGCUGGCUUAUAGGGUGCUUUCAAAGAAAUACGGCCUGAACAUCAAGUCAGAUGGGUUGGUAGAGCUUGCAAACUUUAUUGGUGGACGGUUUGGUAUAGAUUGGAAGCGAAACACUGAGACCAUUCAGUUCUUGGAGAAGUUUGCGUUUACUUGGGAGCAACAGGAGCGUGGAUUAUUCGUGGAUAAAGUUGGCGUUGAGAGCAUUUUACGAGAAUUAAAAGAGCAGGCCAAGACUAGUGAAUUGGCUAAGGAUGCAGGUCGCGCCGCAGAGCGCGAGGCCGGUCGUGAGCUGAAAUCACAGACUUUAGAUCGUUUUAUAUUGAAAAAGGAUAAUAGCAUGUCGAAUGCUGCGACAAACUCUGCUUCCGAAUCGCCUUCUGAACCGCCUUCCGAAGCGCCUACCGCCAAAGGAGCUCUAGAAGUCGCAGACGAACCCCAAACAACCCUUCGAAAUAUUAGUAGUGAACUCAGUUGGCAAGACUACUUCAAAGUAAUAAAUGCUUACGAACAACAGAAAUUCAUCUACAAUUACUCAACCAGACAAUAUCGCUACGUUCCACCGGCUCCAAAACUCACCUCAAAAACUGGAUCCUGUAGCCUACAAUUGAAAAUCCCCAAUAUCACUGCUAAAAUUUCAUUACAUGCAUCGCGUUACCAUAUCGUGAAGGACCGCACUAUGCGUAACGAAUCAUUUCAAAAGGACUCAGAAGUAAAUGCAUUGUCGUCAGUAUCAAAUUUCAAUGCCACAGACAGAAGCUUAGCAUCUCAGGAGACCCAACCCAUCUCGCUGACGCAAAUUAAAAACCUUUUGGGCAGAAACGGCAGGAAUUUUUGUCUACUUGGCAUUUUAAAAAAGAAUCAUAAGGGCAACUGGGCCCUGGAAGAUCCUUCUGGUUCAGUAGAGCUUGAAAUGACCCAAGCAAUUCCCACUAAAGGAACAUAUUACGUCGCAGGGUGUUUUGUCCUAGUAGAAGGCAUCUAUUUCUCUGCCGGUCACAAAUUUCACGUCACUUCCAUGGCUCACCCUCCAGGAGAGCGACGUGAGAACACACUCGAAGCUGUGGGUAACAUUGAUUUUCUUGGAGUUCAUCAGCUUUCCAAAAACAGUUAUACUUCUAGACUCGAUCGGGAUCUAAAGAUCAGAUUACAUUUCUUAGAACAAGAAUUGACAGAUCACCGAUUCAUAUUUCUCGGUGGGGAUUGCUUUUUGGAUCAAAUGAACACUCUGGACGCACUGCGGAACGUUUUCAAGAAACUAGAAUUGGAUCCACCAACCGUUUUAGUAUUUCAAGGUUCCUUUUCAUCAGUUCCCGUCACUCCCUCAGCAAGCAGCAGGGCUGUGAGUGCCACUAGCGCAUAUGAGAAUGGGUUUGACUCUUUGGCAAGUCUGCUGUCUAAUUUUACUCGAAUCAUCAAUGAGACGACUUUCAUCUUUAUUCCAGGGCAAAAUGAUCCAUGGAGCUCAUCAGUUGAUUUGGGUGUUGCUGGCAUGAUUCCACAAAAGCCUGUUCCCACGAAUCUAGUGAAACGAAUGCGCGUAUGCAAAAAAAUCAUUUGGGCUUCGAACCCGACAAGAAUCGCCUACUUAUCUCGAGAAAUAGUAAUUAUGCGAGAUGACAUUAACGGCAGGUUCAAGCGCCAUAGCGUGGUUUUCCCCUUUGAAGAAUCAAAGCUCCAGGAGAUGCGUUCAAAUGGCUCGGGAAACUCAAAUGGUUCAAAUCUUUUGAGUCAAGAUAAUUUGGCCAGCUUACCAGCGCGCGUAGUGGAAAGUAGGAAAAUUGUCAAGACAAUUUUGGAUCAAGGACAUUUAUCACCGUUUGACACAUCAAAUAGACCCGUGGUUUGGGACCUUGACAACACACUACAACUAGCACCAAUCCCGUCAACAUUAGUUCUCUCCGACACAACAGCUUCUACGUUCGAUGUCACUUAUAAUGGUUGCAAGUCAUUAAACGUCGGAUCCUUCCUACACAAGAGAAGAGCAAGAUAUGUCGAGUAUACACCGUCUCUCAGGAAAGCUGUACCCGAAGAAGAAACAUUUUAG